AUGCCGCCAAAAAACAAGGGAAAGAAGGGAAAGAAAGCCCACGACGACUACUGGGACGACGCCGGAGAGCCCAUUGCCCCCAAUCUCGCGGCCGCCCCGCCCCCUGAAGACGACGACGACAUCGUUUUCGAGAAACCAAAGGCCAAGCCAUCCGCAUUCGCCCUCCUCAACGAGGAAGGCGGCGGUGCUGGCGAUGACGAUGAAGAAGACUUUGGCGGUUUGAUGUCUGCAAUCAAGGCUUCAUCCACCAAAGACAAGAAGAAGGAGAAGAAGAAGAAAGCCAAAGCUGCAACUCCUCCUCCUGAAGAAGACGAGGAUGAAGCACCCGCCGUUUCCAAAGCACCUGUGGAAGUCACUGCUGAUGAUCUUAUGGACGACGAGUGGGGCCCUGUUAAAGACAAAAAGAAGAAGGACAAGAAGGGCAAGAACAAAAAGGCUAAGGCAGACGACGAGGACGAGAAACCAGACGAAGAUGGUUUGAAGGCAGAUACAGGUGUUUCAACACCUCGUGAAAAGUCUGUUGAACCAGGCGAGGCUGGCGAAGCUGAUGAGGGCGGGCCUAAAAUUCUCUCCAAGAAAGAGAAGGAGCGACUCAAGAAGGAGAGGGAAAAGGCAAAGAAAAAGGCCCAGGCUGCUGCCAAAAAGGCAGCUCAGGCUAAUGAGAAGAAGGAGGAGAGUCCAGCCCCUGAAGCCGCACCUGCAGCUGAAGCCAAACCCCAGGCUGAAGAAGAUGAAGAAGAGGCAGAUGAAGCUCCAGGCAAAUCUGACAAGAAGAAGAAAAAGAAGAAGGCGAAGAAGGAUAAGGAAGAGGAGCCCGCCCCCGCACCAACUAAGAAGAAGGGUGGCGCAAUUAGCGGUCUUCGAGCUAUGUUGGAGGAGAAGAAGCGACUGGAGGAGGAGGCUCGAAGGCUCGAGGAGGAGGAGAGGAGACGUAUCGAGGAAGAGGAACGUAAGGAAGAGGAGGAGCGAAAGAGGAAGGAGGAGGAGAAGCAGCGCAAGAAGGAGAAAGAAAAAGCGAAACGCGAGCAGCUCAGGAAAGAAGGAAAGCUUCUGACUAAGAAGCAGAAGGAAGAACGACAAAUGGCCGAAAUACGAAAACAGGCUCUUCUUGCAUCUGGGGUACAAAUCGAGGGCCUGCAGGCUUCUGGCAGUGCACCGCCGGCGGGUAAGAAGGUAGUGUAUGGGAACCGCAAGAAGAAGGGUCCUGCUGCCAAAGCUGCAUCCCCUGCGCCUGAGUCAAGACCUCGAUCUCCUGAACCCACUCCCCCUCCUGCAUCGCCUUCACCCGCUCCAGAAGCAAAACCUGCCAAGGACGACUGGGAGGCAUCCUCCGAAGAGGAGGAAGAGACCAAACCCACUGCCCCCACCAAACCUGCCGUCAAGGACUCGUGGGACGACUCCUCUUCAGAAGAAGAGGCCGAGCAACCUCCCGCGCCAGCGCCCAAAGCUGCUCCCACUCCAAAGGCUGCUCCCAAGGCCCCCGAGAAACCGGCUCAAAUGGCCGCUCCAGCUGCUAAGGCAGCUCCAGCCGCGAAAGCAGCACCAGCGAAACCUCAAGCUGCUGCUCAGGCCAAGAAACCCGCAGGCAAGGCUGCGCCCGCCAAACCCGAGCCCGAGCCCGAAUCUGAAUCUGAGAGCGAAUCCGACUCGGACGAGACCGACUCAGAUGAGGACUCAAGCUCUGGUUCUGGCUCAGAUUCCGACGACUCUGACGCCUCGUCUGAUGAGGAAUUGACCAAGACGCAGCAGUUGGCCGCUCAGAAAAAGGCCGAAGCCGCUGCUCGAAGGGCCAAGGCUCGCGAAGAGGCUCUGGCUGCAAGGAGCAAAGACGACCUUCGCAGUCCAAUUUGUUGUAUUCUCGGCCACGUCGACACUGGUAAAACGAAAUUGUUGGACAAGAUCCGUCAAACCAAUGUUCAAGAAGGCGAAGCUGGUGGUAUCACCCAACAGAUUGGUGCGACCUACUUCCCUGUGGAGGCCAUCAAGCAAAAGACGGCGGUCAUGAACAAGGAUGGUACCCAAGAAUACAAGAUCCCCGGAUUGCUCAUCAUCGACACUCCUGGUCACGAGUCGUUCUCCAACUUGCGUAGCCGAGGAAGUUCACUCUGUAACAUUGCCAUUCUCGUCGUCGAUAUCAUGCACGGACUUGAACAACAAACCUUGGAAUCCCUGCGGAUGUUGCGAGACAAGAAGACGCCGUUCAUUGUCGCUCUUAACAAGAUCGACCGUAUCUACGGGUGGGAGGCCACGCCGAAUAACUCGUUCAGGGAUUCCCUUGCAAAGCAGAGCCGUCACGUACAACGCGAGUUCGAAGAUCGCGUGACAAAGACGAUCGUUGCCUUCGCUGAGGAGGGUCUCAACGCCUGCCUCUACUACGAGAACAAGAACUUCUCGCGAAAUGUCUCUCUCGUACCCACUUCUGCCAUCACUGGAGAGGGUGUCCCCGACAUGAUCAUGCUCCUCGUCAACCUCACCCAGCAACGAAUGAGCGACCGACUCAUGUACAUUUCCGAACUUGAAUGUACCGUUUUGGAAGUCAAGGUCAUCGAAGGUUUGGGAACCACCAUAGAUGUUAUCCUUUCCAACGGAUACAUGCGAGAAGGCGAUCGGAUUGUGGUUUGUGGUCUGAAUGGACCAAUCGUUACCCAAGUUCGUGCACUCCUGACUCCGCAGCCCCUUCGAGAACUCCGAAUCAAGUCCGCUUACGUGCACCACAAAGAAGUCAAGGCGGCUCUCGGUGUCAAGAUCGCAGCGCCCGACUUGGAGAAGGCUAUAGCCGGAUCCCGCCUGCUUGUCGUUGGCCCAGAUGACGAUGAAGAGGAGCUCAAGGACGAAGUCAUGUCUGACCUGACGUCCCUCCUCAACAGCAUCGACAAGUCCGGUCGUGGAGUCUGUGUCCAAGCGUCGACUCUGGGUUCGCUUGAAGCUCUCCUCGACUUCUUGAAGGACAGCAAGAUCCCUGUCUCUGGAAUCAACAUCGGUCCUGUGCACAAGCGUGAUGUCAUGCGAGCCGGUACUAUGCUUGAGAAAGCAAAGGAACUGGCCGUCAUUCUCGCUUUCGAUGUGCCCGUCGACAAAGAUGCUGAAAGGUUGGCGGAAGAAAUGGGUAUCAGGAUCUUCACAGCCAACAUUAUCUAUCAUCUCUUCGACUCAUUCACCGCCUACAAUGCUCAGAUCAUGGAGGCCAAGCGAGCAGACGCUGCACCCAAGGCAGUCUGGCCUUGCCGCCUCAGGAUCAUCGCAGCUUUCUGCAAGCGUGACCCUAUCAUCCUCGGUGUCGAUAUCCUGGAUGGUUCGCUUCGGGUUGGAACACCCCUGGCUGUCGUCAAAAUCGACCCCAGCACGGGUACUAAGCAAAUCAUCGAAUUGGGCAAGAUCACCUCACUGGAGAUCAAUCACAAGAACUACGAUAUUGUGAAGAAAAACCAGGCAGGAGGAGGCGUGGCUGUCAAGAUUGAGCAUGCCGUUUAUCAGUCUGCCAAGAUGUUCGGGCGGCACUUCGACGACAAGGACGAGAUUUUGAGUCACAUUUCCCGGCAGAGUAUUGAUGUCCUCAAGAACAACUUCAAGUCUGAAGUUUCCAACGAGGAAUGGCUGCUCAUCCGAGCCUUGAAGCCACGCUUUGGAAUUCCCUGA